AUGACAGGCAUUCUGGACGAGCUAAGACAAGCCAAUUACAUCUCGACACUCGAUCUGAGUUCGGCAUAUUGGCAGAUUCCGCUGGCUGAAAAGGCUAAAGGAAUCACGGCUUUCACGGUACCUGGAAGAGGGUUUUUCCAGUUCGAACGCAUGCCUUACGGGUUGACGAACGCCCCUGCAACCUUCGAGAGAGCANUUACCAAGCGUGGCCGCAAUGUCCCUCGGGACAUCCUCAAGGCCCAGGCGAAGGGGGCCAAGGAGAGAAGGCAGAGGGAGGGGGCAUCAUCAUCCCUUCGCUCUGAGGAGGCUCGCAGGAGGAGACGCGAGAUCAGGAACCUGCGUCGAAGGGCGCAGAAGUUGCACCUGGAGGAGGAGGAAAAGCCCUCCGAGGAGAAUAGGGGCCCAGGGUCCACCUAG